AGGAGGAGGAAGAAGAGGAGGAAGAGGAAGAGGCGCUGCCCGGCGGGUCAGGGCGGGGAAGUCGCCGCCCGAAGAUGGCGGCCGCGGCGGGGGGACACGCCGGGGCUGCGGCGGAGGCGCGGUUCAUCAGCAGCGCCAAGGGAAAGGGCUUGUUCGCCACCAAGAACAUCCGCAAAGGGGAAACAGUCUUCGUGGAGAGGCCGGUGGUGUCUUCCCAGUUCCUCUGGAAUGCCCUGUACAACUACCGAGCCUGUGAUCACUGCCUGCGGGCUCUGGAGACGGCGGAGGAGAACGCCCAGCGCCUGCUGGGGAAGAGCUCUCUGGUGCUGCCUCACCCAGAGCAGUGCAGCACCCGGAAAGACCUGCACCAGCAGUGCCCCCGAUGCCAGGUGACGUACUGCAGCGCGGAGUGCAGGCAGGCAGCUCUGGAGCAGUACCACCAGGUCCUCUGCCUCGGCCCGUCCCGAGAUGACCCCACACACCCCCUCAACAAGCUGCAGGAGGCGUGGAGGAACAUGCAUUAUCCCCCAGAGACUUCCAGCAUUAUGUUGAUGGCCAGGAUGGUUGCCACCAUCAAGCAGGCUAAAGACAAGGAGUGGUGGAUCAAGGCCUUCUCCCAGUUCUGCAGCAAGACAGCAAAUGAAGAAGAGGAGAUUGUGCACAAGCUGCUGGGGGACAAAUUUAAGGGCCAGCUGGAGCUGCUGCGGUUGCUCUUCACCGAAGCCCUUUAUGACGAGUAUCUCAGCAGGUGGUUCACUCCAGAAGGCUUUCGAUCCCUCUUUGCCCUUGUUGGGACCAAUGGCCAAGGCAUAGGAACCAGGUAAAGGGGCUUUGUGGAACCGGGUAAUGGGUGUUCCUUGCAGGG